GUGUUCCUUGAAAAGCGAAGGAAAUCACGCGGAAAUUUUCACUCGUCCACAGAACCUGCCUGGCGACAGACACGCACCAGGCACACAGGGCACCGGGCUACUGACGGAACGCAAGCACUGCCAUGGCGGACCAGCCCUCGAGUGGCCGAAAGCCCAGCGCAUCCCACUCCUCCAUAGUGAAGUUCCGCAGUUCCCGGGGCUCGAGUGCUGAGUCCUCCGAGCAUUCGCGGCACGUGUCUCGCACUGGUACCGAGGAAGGGGAGGAUGAAGUGGUUUUGUUCGACGCCCAGGGAGCCGUGCAACGCGAGCCUGGCGCUAAAGGCCUCACUCGCUCUCAGUAUGAGGCGAUCACCGUUGAGGGUGCCGCCGGCUCUACGACGGUUGAACAACCCCAACGAGGUGGCCUGCCUCCCGAUCGUCCUCAUCACUCGUCUGGCGGUAGCCCGCGCAAAGUGGUUGACGCGGCGGUUCCGUACCACUUGCGCCAGACGGUUCACAGUGGUCCCGAAAUCCAAGGGGCCGGGCAUGGCGAGUACGAGCCCAUCGAUUCCACAGAGCUGGGACCCGGAACUGGCGUAACGCCAGAGGACCAGCCUCUUCAAGAGCGCGCUGCCUCCGAGUUAUCCGAUAGCUCCGACGAGUUCCAUACUUACGGUUCAUUGCCUCGCACGUGGUUCGAAAGACGCAAAAGUCGCUUUUGCUUGCUCGCGAUCAUAUGCCUUAUCGUCGUGGCCGCCAUUGUUGCCACUGUUAUCACUAUCAUCGAGAGCCUGAAGCCGACGCCGGCCACUCCAAUACCGCAGCCGCCGUGGCUUCCGUGGCGCAAUCGCACGGACGACAACGGGCUUCCCCGCCUACUGCUGUGGAACCCACGCGUGCGGCGAGAGCAUCCACUAUCGAAGCGCGUCGGUGGCGACGCUGCAACCUGGAACGCCACUAUCCAGUGCAAGGCCGACGGACGCGAUGCAGAAGUAUGCGAGAUCACGAACAAGCGGCGCCGCCUGGAGAGGAGUGAUGCCGUCGUCUUUUAUGCUGAGCUCUUCGACCAGUACGACUUGCCUGGUACGCGUGCGGCUCCCCAGAUGUGGGUCUUCUGGGCCCGGGCCCAUCUGCCGCCCAUGGGAAAGGGAGGAAGGUUCACAAAUUCAUCGCUGUCUCUUCCACUGGUAACGCACUUGUUCAACUGGACUAUGGGCCGCCGUGAAGACGCUGACGUUGUGGUCCCGUACGAGAAGUGGCGUUGCGACGCCUCCGCCGAAGAGCACGAGCAGUCUCGCCUUACCGAGCAGCCGCGAAGAGACGCUGCAUGGUUAGUGGAUGACUGCGAGGAGAACCGGUUCGAAAGCGAAGUGCUUCACCGCACCGUCGACGGUGAGGGCACCGUCCGCAUCCGCCUCUUCCCAGCUUGCGGAGCUUCCGAGUGCGGCUCUCCGUCCGAGUGCAUCGGCUACAUUGCCCAGCAGUAUCACUUCCUAGUGGUCUCCCUGGAGCCCGUGUGCUUCCAGAGCGCAUACGAGCUCAUCUAUGACGCGUUCGAGUACGACGUCGUUCCCGUCGUCCUGACGCCGCCCGGUGCAACGCUGGACUUGCCCGAGCAUUCGGUGGUGAGCUCCGCAGAGCUACAUGGUAAGGGAGAACUGGCGAAUUACUUGCGAAGUUUGCUUGACGACCCUGCAAAAUACAACAGCUACUUCGCAUGGAAGCGGAACUGCUCUGUUGUACCUGCAGGCGACUUGCUUUGUCCCCUGUGCCACGCACUUUGGGAGACGCCGGUGCGACGGCGGCCGCAUCCGAACGUACUGGAGUGGUGGACCCGCCGCACCAAUUGCCGGGACGAACCGUUAUUCGGCCUGGACUCUGAGUUCAUUCAGGAGCUCUGAUAUCGGGAAGUCUUAUUGUGCUCGAGACUAACCUGUGCGACUUCUGGCCCUUGAGUUUGUUCUCCUGGACACUUUUUAUUAUACCCCUGUAAUUUAUAUGCGCUAGCCGUUGCACUUUUCUUGCAAUUGGUGCUAUUUAUGGCUCUUCUGUCAGAGUAUAUUUGUACACAUACUUCUACGCAGAAUAAAAUUUUAA